AUGGAGAAGAAAGCCAUCCAACUUAUGAUUCGCAACUUGAAGCGCCUUGAGCCUACCACCAGAGUGUCCAAGCAGAUGAUCAGAAGUAUUCUGUUGAGCUCAGCGGUGCAGUAUAGCAUGGCCUCGGAUUUCAAGGAUGAGGAUGCUUCGGGUACCGUGUGCUUUGCAGUGUCGACUACGGGGCUUAUGCAGUGGAAUAUGGCAUGGACGAUGGUUUUCACAUGUGUGAUUGUGCUUUUCAGUUUUGUUUGGUGGUGCAAACGCUCCCAUGUGAUCGCUACCCGCGCUGAGAUUGGUGUGCAAGCUGCAGUUCGUGAUGAUCGCGAUGAGCUUCGCUUUCAUGCUGAUGCAAUCAUUCGGCAGCAAAAGAAUGAGCUCGAUGAGAUGAAAGAGUGGAACAGGCAACUUCUUGACGAAUGCCGGGGACUUGAGUCGUGGAAUGAACGAUUGCGCAAUGAGGCGCAGCAGGUUCGUCGUCAGCCGCGUAUUGCGGAUGGUUUCCGCACGCGGGCGGUCCUACCACAGCAGUGCUGA